GAAAAAUGUUUGCGACGUCACAAUUUCUAUGUAGAAGCCAACCAAGAAAGUCGCAGUCGCUUUCGCUAGAUGAAUGCGCCAUCCGAUUGCAGUCUGUGUUCUGAAAUUUCACGAUUCUCUUGCGCCCCUCAGGCGUACGCAGUUUUACGCCUGCGACGAUCACUCAUCAUAUUUUGCUAUCUUAAAUCGACUUCGUAUGCUACAUAAAGUGACUGGCGACAUGAGCAACAGCCUAAUCAUUGACCCACAGAACAGAAGCAGUUUCUCUAUGCCUUCUUUUACGUUUUAUUUGAAUCAUCUAGAAUUAAAUGUCUUAGACUUAGUGGUAUACACUUUUUCAUCAGGAGAAAAAAAAAUCGGAAAGCUGAUUUUCUGUCAGAGAAAUGAUGACGUUGGUUUGAUACAGCACUUUGCUCUUGGUUUGGUAGCCGGAACUGCGCCGUAGUACUCGCUCAGCGAGAAGAACGUUGCCAAGAGGAUACUAGCACCGGGAGCAGCUUUUGGACAUUUUCUUGUUGGAAACGACGCCAAAGCGUGACUCGCAACCAUGUUGGAAGACGAAUUGCACCCGACACGGGAGCGCUUCUACAUGGGCGCCUAUACAGCCGCUCUAGCAACCGGCGAAAAGGCAGCGACAAGAAACGAUAUCGCAGAAUCCGAGAAGAAAGGCAUCAUGGGGAGAUGGUAUGAAGCGAAUCACAUGCUAGUUCAUUUCGUUCCCCGAUUUUUUACUUUGAAAAAAGAACCCGCUAACUCUGCUCUGCCGGGUUUUGUGGUAUCUUUUCACAUUCACUACACUUCUACAUCUACUGUCGACGCGCAUGCGUAUCCAUCAAGAUUCGUGAUAAUUCUAACUCUUUUUUCAUCUACAGUUAUCUCGCCCUCGGGAAGUUUUCGCAGCUCAAGGAUUUACGGAACAGUCCGGAGGCCUCACAGAGAUGUUGUGCCUUGUUCGCGAUGUUCACGAAGGCAAAAGAGCAGGCUCACAAGGACAAGGCAUUCGGCGAUCUGGUGGAGUUAGCAAAGAGCUCACGAGACCAGACAGCCACCUACCUCGCAGCAUGUGCUUACGCACUACAAGGAGAUGCAUUGGAAGCAGUCAAUCUCGUGCAAGCGAGUGGUACUUUUGCUGUGUUUUUAUAAUGCAAAAUAGAAGUAGAACUACUGGAAGGAGAAAAAGAAUAUUGAACCGAAAACAUGAAUGACGAAGCUGCUACCAAGCUGUUUGGCAUUUUUCGACGAUUUACAUCUACGCUCAACAGGGUUCACGACCCCGGAGAUGCAAGGGCUACUUGCGCAGCUCUUCCUGGCGAUGUACCGUGUGGACCUUGCAACGAAGCAAAUGCGGCAGGUAAACCAGGUUUCCGACGACCACGUCAUCGCGAAAAUGGUUUCCGCCCUGGUUAACCUCGCCAACGGCAACUACCAAGAGGCUUUUCUGCUCUAUUGCGACGUGGAGGCACAGUACUUACUAGAUUUACAUACAGACUACACUUGCCUAUGCUGCUCGUACUUCACCUAUAGACAAUACAGCUUGCCUUGCCUCGGCGGCUUGCCUUGCCUCGGCGGCUUGCCUUGCCUCGGCGGCUUGUCUUGCCUCGGCGGCUUGCCUUGCCUCGGCGGCUUGCCUUGCCUCGGCGGCUUGCCUUGCCUCGGCGGCUUGCCUUGCCUCGGCUUGCCUUGCCUCGGCUUGCCUUGCCUCGGCUUGCCUUGCCUCGGCUUGCCUUGCCUCGGCGCAAAAUCGGCAGCCUUCGCCCUCAGCUUACCGCCGGGGCGACUGCCGCGGACGGAGCCGCUUCAUACGCCACACCUAAAAUACUCCAACCACCACAAUGGUACUGCGCCACUUGUCACACAGGUGGUCUCGGCCAAUCAUGACGGCGCGGCGGUUUUUAAUACCUCACCGCAGGAACAGCCAAAGCCUUCUCGUAGUUCUUGCUACUGGAAACCAAUGGACUGACACAGGAUUUGUUGCAAUGCUACAAUGCGUUUCCUUAUAUCCAGGUAUGGUGACGAGGUAGCCACAAUACCAUCGUCUGCGAUCUGCAACGGCAAGGCGUGCGCAAACCUUCAGCGAGGUAACUUUUCCGAGGCUCCUGAGGAGCUUUCCAAGAUGCAGGAAGUAGCACCGGGAGAUCAGGAUACGCUGGUACUAUGAAUUGCUCCUUGCUUGCAGCCCGACCUACAGUGGCACUUGUAGCUAAGUCAGUGCGGUCGACGAUUUUUGAGAAGCAGAUACUAGUCGAUCCGUUCUUCACCUUUUGCAUUCGUGAGGUGAAUUUCCAUCGCGGCAUAAAUUAAAUCAAAACAGGUGAACCUCUGCGCUACAAGCAUCCACCUGGGCAAUGAAGAAGAAGCGAAGAAGCACAUAGAAACCCUGCGGAAAGUGAAUCCCGAGCAUGCGCUGAUAAAGAAGCUUGAUCAUCUACACAACAGUGUGGCCAACUACGUUCCAUGAACAGUUUUUGAAUGCUUCUCCUUACCGCGACCAUGAUCAUAAACAUAAUGCUGAGCUGCAACCCAGUUCGUCCCGAAAGCGCAACAUAAAUGUGGUCAUUAUGACCAAUACCAGCGACAUUAGCAUUACCAAAAACAAAAUCGUGUCACAAGCACGACAAGAACUUAAAUAAAAGU